AUGUCUGUUAGUCAUCCGCUAUUAAAACAACUAAAAGGUACGCAUACAGAUUUUAAAAACAAAUCGGCAACAGAAGUCAGAGAUCAUCAUACGGAACUUCAAAAUCUUUGCACAACUUUAGAAGAGAUUUUCCGAAAAGGAUUAAAAGUUGCAACAUCAACACCAUUCGGCUUGAUGAGAAAAGAUUAUUGGUUUUGGAUUCAUCAUCUGUAUGAAGUACGAGAUCAAUACAGAAUUCCAUUUGCUUUAGUUGAUGUAAUUGAAAGUGUGAAAAAUAAUAAAAAGGUCCAUACCAAUGUUGGUAGAGGAAGACUUUUCAUUAGAAGUGCACUUACCAAAAAGGUGCUUCAAGCUCUAAUAGAUACUUUCAUGAUUGAUGAAGUGUUUGUAUUUUCAUUCUAUGAUCCUCAUACUGCCAUACUUGGAAAUGAAAUACUAUCUGAAAUUUUGUCAUCCCUCCUACAUGAAAUAAAUAAAAUUGACUUUAAACUGGAGUUGAAAAAUGCUAGUUUUUUGGAUGAAACUUGGGCUUUAGGUAUAUACAGAAAAUAUGAAUUUGUUCCGUGCAAAGAAAUGGGUAUAACAUAUGCCUACAUUAAAGGCAGAAUUGUGGUUGUCAAAGUACAAGAAGGGAGUGUUGCUGCUGAAGAAAAUCAGAUUGAGCCUGGAGAUGUACUAGAUGAGCUGUAUGGACAAAGUUUGUACCGAUGUAGCAAAGGGUUGAUAUCAAGUCUGAGUAAUAAGUAUCGAGGAAUGCCUGUUUAUUUAUCUGUGAUAAAGGGUACUACUGUGGACAAUAAUAUUUAUUUUCCAUUGGAGCCUAUAGUGGAAAAACUCAAUUUACGAUAUUAUUUUGAGAAAAAGCUUUCAAAGACUAAUAAUUUAGUUGAUGAUUUAAUUCCUCAUUCUGGUAAUAGCAGUUUAAUUUUUAACUUGGUGCUCCUUGGAAAAUUUGCUAUUGAAAAUGGUGCAAGAGCAGAACUGAUUGAACGUUCUAUAAAUCAAGCUCUGGAACUGAAACUGAAACCUAAAGAUGUGAUUAUGGAGAUUACAGAAAGAGAAUUGACAGUAUCAGAUAAAGAAGCAAAAAAGGUUAUGGUUAACAAGCAUUUUUCUGAAAUAUCUGCUUGUGGGAGGAAAAAAGCAUGCCCUGAAAUUUUUGCAUUUAUUUUUGGUAAUACAACUUGCACCAUUGCAGAUGAAUUUGCAUGUUUUGUACUGCGUGCACCUUCAAACAGCAUAGUUAGCACAAUUCUGUCAUCUGUAGCUCAUGGUUUUGUGAAGACACAUUGGGAAGUAUGAUGGAAAAAGAGUCAUUUUAGUAUGAAUUGUUUUAAAAAAAAUGGAAAAUUUGCUCGCCAUGUUGUUCUUAGUAAUAUGUUUAUUGUAUUACUAUUGCUCUGCGAUUCAUUUAACUUCUCAAACUAUUCAUCAAAAUAACGAAUCAUUCUUUUGAGACAUUAACGAAGAUCAGAUUAUGUACUUUAAUAGUUCCGUGUACUAAUACGUGUGGGUACAUAUAUCUAUGCGAAUUCAUUUCUAGUCAAUUAUAUACAAUGUUAAAUCUUUGAUUUGUACCAGCAACAAUCUUGAACCUUCUUACAAAACUGUAAUAAAACUUAACAUUAUCGUUUGUUGCCC